AUGGGUAAUUCAAAUUCCAAGACUACCAAGAGAAAACCCUCCACCUCAUCUGCAUCUUCUACAAAUAAACCAAACUUAGUUAGAAAUGACACCUCUCACUCCAUCAAAUCCUCCAAAUCUGCAAAGUCUAAUAAAUCAAAAAAAUCAUCGUCACAUGUAAGCAGUAAUGCCAAGACUGAAAUGCCAUCUAUAUCGACCCCUAAUGACAAUAAUAUAUCGAAUAACGAGUCACUUCCUGCAUCUGAACCUCAUCAGCAUUCACAUUCACGUUCACAAUCGCAUUCAUCGGUGUCUGGAACACCGAGAAUAAAAACUUCUAAGAGUGCUGAGAAUGUUAAUGCAAGGAGAGACGACGAUAAUGAUAAUGAUUCAUCUUCUAGUCGCAAUAUCACUAAAAAAACAAGUAGCACAUAUUUGUUCCCUCACAGUCAUCGUCGUUCAUCGUCACAUCAUUCACAAAAUAAUAUAUUACAACGAUCGCAAUCAAAUCAAGAUGGCAGUUCAUACAGGAAAUCUUCUAUGGACGACUAUGAUCAAUCAUCAGCAAAUAAUAAUCCAUUUUUGCAUCCGUUGUCUGGUUCAAGUAAGAGACGUUCAUCUUCCAGAAGAUUAAGUAAUAAUAACAACACUGAUUUACCACCGUCCAUGAUCCAAAUGGCACCGAAAUCUCCAAUAUUGAAAAAUAGUAAAUAUACAACAUCAUCUAACUCUUUCCAAUAUUAUGAAAAUGCCUUGACUGAUGAUGAUAACGAUAAUCAUGAUGAUAAUACUUAUGAUGCACCUUCAGACAACACGUCCACAAGGCAAAACGUAAAGACGCGUCAGAGUUCCAUAAGACAUAGUCAUUCAUCCCGACCUUCUAGUAUUAGAAGUGGAUCCUCAUCAGCUAGAGUACGUAGGAAAUCAAAUAAUGUUGGUGGCGAUGAACUAUCAAGUGCUGACACAUCAUUGGCUAUACAGCGUUCCAAUUCAUUCGCCUCAUCAUUGCAUAGUAGAAAAUCAUCAUUGGGUUCAGGAGGUACCACUGCGUACAGUACACCUAUGAAUUCACCAGGAAUGCUAAGAACAAACGCUACAUAUAAUGGUGGACAUCCUGAUGACUAUUUCAAUCUAAAUAGUGAUGCAUAUGUCAAUAACGUUAAUUUGAAUGGCGAAUACUCAGGCGGUCAUGCUAAUUCUAACAUGGACAAUAUACCCACUGCUAUACCUUCCACGUCAGCAGUUCAUGACUUAAAAGGGAAUGGAUCUAAAGAUAGGUAUCCAGGCGGUGGAGGUGGUGCCAUAUCUGAUCAUAAUGAACCAUUUGAUUCGCAAGAAAAUAUGACUGAAAAUUCACCAAAUUUGAACGAUUCUACAACUGCAUUGAAGAAAAAGAAAAAUUAUAAACCUAUAGACAUCGAUGAGACCAUCCAAAAAUUACUAGAUGCAGGUUAUGCAGCAAAGAGAACUAAAAACGUUUGUUUGAAAAAUUAUGAAAUUCUACAAAUUUGCCAUUUGGCAAGAGAAAUGUUUUUAUCACAACCUUCACUAUUGGAGUUAUCACCUCCUGUAAAAAUUGUUGGUGACGUCCAUGGUCAAUAUGGUGAUCUAUUAAGAUUAUUCACUAAAUGUGGGUUCCCACCUUCAGCUAAUUAUUUAUUUCUCGGAGAUUAUGUGGAUAGAGGGAAACAGUCACUGGAAACCAUCUUAUUAUUAUUGUGUUACAAGAUUAAAUAUCCUGAAAAUUUCUUCUUAUUGAGAGGUAAUCAUGAAUGUGCCAACGUGACGAGAGUUUAUGGAUUUUAUGAUGAAUGUAAACGUCGUUGUAAUAUAAAGACAUGGAAAACUUUCAUUGAUACAUUUAACACUUUACCACUAGCGGCUAUUGUUGCAGGGAAAAUUUUCUGUGUUCAUGGUGGGUUAUCACCUGUUUUGAAUUCUAUGGAUGAAAUUAGGCAUGUUAGUAGACCUACAGACGUCCCAGAUUUUGGUUUAAUUAAUGAUUUAUUAUGGUCGGACCCAACGGAUUCUCCCAAUGAAUGGGAAGAUAAUGAACGUGGUGUCAGUUAUUGUUAUAAUAAGGUGGCCAUUAAUAAAUUUUUAAAUAAAUUCGGAUUCGAUUUGGUUUGUAGAGCUCAUAUGGUUGUUGAAGAUGGUUAUGAAUUUUUCAAUGAUAGAAGUUUGGUAACAGUAUUUUCUGCUCCUAAUUAUUGUGGUGAAUUUGACAAUUGGGGAGCCGUUAUGAGUGUCAGUGAAGGUUUAUUAUGUUCAUUUGAAUUAUUAGAUCCUCUAGAUAGUGCCGCCUUAAAGCAAGUAAUGAAGAAGGGUAGACAGGAAAGAAAGCUUGCUAAUCAACAACAAAUUCAGCAACUUCAAGAUUAG